GCUUUGAUUAGAGAUGUGCCAACUUGGAUUGCUGCUGCUCUUGGCGCUGGCGUUGCUGCCUAGCAAUGCGCAACAGUUGCCGGAAAAUGCGUGUACGCAAUAUUUUCAAUAUGUGUCCACUGGUGUGGGCGUAUAUCAAGGCGAGUUGACGCUUGCCUUGCGCAGAGGUCACAAUCGCAUCGAUGUGCGCUUCUCUCAGCGCAAUUCGCAACCCCCAUUAGCAGUGGACUCGCUGCUGCCCUAUCCUGAUGACCAGACAGUGCGCAGAGAUCCUGCUAAUGCCAAGUUUCGCUUGAAACUUUUGCCUGACGCUGUUACGGGCUUGUUGCCCAAGCUGACGCGCUUGGCGUAUAACGAGCAGACGCUUUGCGCGCAGAGCGAGUAUAGUUCGCCCAGCAGCUACUUUAAUCGCUUCUAUGAAAUCGGCAUUAGCUUUACACAGCCGCCGCCAUUUUGGAUGCCUGCAGCUCCGCCAGUGAUAAGUCCAAUUGCAACUGUUGACCAAGCUGUUGAGGUGAAAACCAUUAGCGGUUCCACCCUUGAGUUGCUGCCAAAAGAAAUUCAUGACGGUUUUGACAUCCCGAGCUGGUUCAAGCAAGACUCACAGACGACUGCGCCCGCAUUCUUUUGGCCCACGCCCACGUCGCCAACAAGCACCGCUAUAACCGCUGUUUCUCCCACUGCCAUAGCCAGCACAGCAGCUACAGCUGCUCCACGCAUGUUUAAUUUCGGUGGCAGCAACACUUUGUUCUGCGGCAUGGAGGGCCGCGCAACGCCGUUUAUACAAAAAGGUCGCGAAUAUCCGCGUGGCACGUAUCCUUGGCUUUCGGCCAUUUACCACAAGGAAUCCUUUGCGCUGGCAUUCAAGUGCGGCGGCUCUCUAGUCUCGGCCAGCAUGGUGAUCACUGCUGCGCAUUGCGUCUACAAAAUGCAUGAAGAUCGCAUUGUAGUUGGGCUGGGACGUCACGACUUGGAUAAUUACAGAGAGGAGGGCGCAGAGAUUUGUGACGUGCUGCGCAUCAAUAUACAUCCGGACUACUCCUCACGCCUGCAGUCGCAGCCAGAUGCAGACAUAGCGCUGCUCAAGCUGCAGACAACAGUCAGCUUCAAUGACAUCAUCAGUCCCAUUUGCCUGUGGCAGCAAACGGAGGGAACAACAAUCAGCACGGCAACGAUUGCAGGCUGGGGCACAGAUGAGGACGGCAAUGCCAUGACGCGCUAUCCACGUGUAGUGGACGCCAAGAUCGCCAGCGAGGCGGAGUGCGCACGCAAGUGGAAGGUGCAGAAGGUGCUGGAGCGCACGCUCUGUGCCGGCAAUCUGGACGGCUCCGGGCCGUGCCUGGGCGACUCUGGCGGUGGCCUCAUGGUCAAGCAUAACAAUCGCUGGCUGCUACGUGGCAUUGUCUCCCUGGGCGAGCGCAGCGCUGUCUCCCGCUGCAAUCUGAAUCAAUAUGUGCUAUAUUGUGAUCUAUCGAAGCAUACGACUUGGAUUCAAAACAAUCUAAGUUAGGAUAUAUAUAUAAAAGUAUAUUCAUAUUGUAAAGCAAUU